CUCUGGGCGGAUGUGGGAUGAAUGGGUGGAGAGUGCGAGCGUCUGCUGACGUCCAUUGCAAGCAUCACCGCAUCCAACAUUUAUCCCAAACAGCCGACUCCACCUCUCCAAAGCGGAAAAAAACUAUCAUUUAUUAGGACUUUAUCAAACCCAGACUCCGUUUAUCGCAUCGGUUGUAUUGCUUGUCUGAAACAAUGGAUUUAUACGGGAAGAUGGCAACACAAGACAAUAAACAAAAGGAAAACGCUGAUCAAAACUUUGAUUACAUGUUCAAGUUGUUGAUAAUUGGAAACAGCAGUGUCGGAAAAACAUCUUUCCUCUUCCGCUACGCUGACGAUACCUUCACCUCUGCCUUCGUCAGCACUGUGGGCAUCGACUUCAAGGUCAAAACCGCCUACAAGAACGACAAACAGAUCAAGCUACAGAUCUGGGACACAGCGGGACAGGAAAGGUACAGGACUAUCACCACAGCUUACUACAGAGGAGCCAUGGGCUUCAUCCUCAUGUAUGACAUCACUAAUGAAGAGUCUUUCGCUGCAGUGCAGGACUGGGCGACCCAGAUUAAGACGUACUCUUGGGACAAUGCACAGGUGAUCCUUGCAGGAAACAAAUGUGAUAUGGAGGAGGAGAGGAUCGUGUCUGUGGACAACGGAAGAUUAUUAGCAGAACAACUAGGUUUUGAUUUUUUCGAGACAAGUGCAAAGGACAAUAUCAACGUCAAGCAGACAUUUGAACGCUUGGUGGACAUCAUUUGUGACAAGAUGUCCGACACACUUGAGGCCGACCCCUCCGUUGCCACGGGAGCGCCAACUACCAGACUGACCGACAACCCAAUGCCUCCUCAGCAGUCUGACUGUGGCUGCUAGUGUUUACUGUCCGGGUUGUUUGCUUUUCGUGGCUCGAGUGCUGUUGACAAGCUUCUGUAUUCUGAGGCAAAAAUAAGUUAUUGAACCUCAAAUCUUUGACCUGGCUUAAACUCUUUUUUUGGCGGGAUAGUUCUCCCAAAAAUAAAAAUUUGUGAUUUAUUCACCCAUCGUGUCAUUCAGAACCUGUAUUUGACUCUUUCUUCUGUGGAAAACAAAUGAAUAUAUUUUGAGAAAUGUUCUUGGGUAACUAACGUUAUUCUAAAUAUCUUCUUUUGUGUUCUGUAGAAGAACAUCAUACAGGUUUGGAAUGACAUGAAGGUGAAUAAACAAUGAAAGAAUUGUCAUUUUUGGGUUGACUAUCCCUUUUAAGACAACUGACAUAGCAAACUAGCAAGAUUGUGCCAAAAACAAGCGUCAAAUCUCGUCCUUUAUUCCAUUAUACCAAUAUACGGUGUAGUUUCAGGGCUUGCUGUGUAUUCAUAUUAUACCGCAAUAUCUUGUACGAGGCAGAAAUUCGUCGAAUUUUAGGAUCCACAAUCAUUCCCAUGUCUCUCAGGGGAAUUAUAAACAUCUACAUAUUUAUAAAUUCUAUGUGUGUGUUUAACGUAUGUGUAAUGUAUUGAGAGGGUACUGACAUUUUACGGAUGAGUUUGGAUAUGUUUCAGUGCAACUGUAUGUACAGAAAAAGAUGAAGAAAGCUUAAAAGUACAGACAAAAUAAACGUGGCCUUG